AAGGUCGGCGAUAAAAGCACAUUAUCGAAACAGGAAUUGCACGGGGGACCCUGCGCGCGAGGCAGAGGAGGGCUUGGCCUCACAAAACACAGUCUCGCGGUUCCUUUCCUCCUAACCUCCACUCAAGACUUCCUCCCCGGAACCAGAGCACUUUAAGUUAACACUUUGGAAACCGGGGAACAGCGUGCGUCCUCUCUGUUCUCGCACUUUUACCACAACGCUCACGCUGUUACCCGAAUCGAAUGGUUCAGUUUCGCGGCAAACGUGGGGGCAGAAUGUGAGCUCGCGCGUCGUGAACGGCAUGAUCGUGUCCAAUGCGAGCUUCGGCUGCCCGAGCUGUCCCGCGCUAGGAGACGGAGAUGUCGGUGGUGGCGGCGGCGGCACGGGCUCUCUCACGCGCACGGGACAACUGGUGGUUGCCGUGUGUCUUGGGGUCAUCGGCACCUUAGGGUUCCUCAACAACUUCAUCGUCAUCACUUUGUUCUGCCGCUACCGGACGCUGCGCUCACCCAUCAACUGCAUGCUCGUGAGCAUCUCGGUGAGCGACCUGCUCGUGAGCGUGCUGGGAACGCCGUUCAGCUUCGCGGCGAGCGCCCAGGGCCGGUGGCUGAUUGGACGCAGCGGCUGCGUUUGGUACGGGUUCGUUAACGCGUGUUUGGGCAUCGUGUCUCUGAUCACGCUGGCGGUGCUGUCGUACGAGCGCCUCUGCACCAUCCUGGGCACCGCCGCCGCCGACUCCCGCAGCUACAGCCCCGCCCUGCUGGGCAUCUGCUUCUCCUGGCUGUACGCCGUGGCCUGGACCGUGCCCCCGCUGCUGGGCUGGAGCAGCUACGGCCCCGAGGGCCCCGGCGUCUCCUGCUCCGUGGACUGGCGCACGCAGACGGCCAACAACGUGUCCUACAUCCUGUGUCUGUUCCUGUUCUGCCUGGUGCUGCCCUUUGCCGUCAUCCUGUACUGCUACGGCCGCCUUCUGCUCGCCGUCCGUCAGGUGAGCCGUGUCAGCACGCCGCUGAGCCGUCGGCGGGAGCAGCGGGUGUUGCUGAUGGUGGUUACCAUGGUGAGCUGCUACCUGCUGUGCUGGCUGCCCUACGGGGUGGUGGCCCUGCUGUCAACGUUCGGCCCCCGGGACGCGGUGGGGCCCGUGGUGAGCGUGGUGCCCUCGCUGCUGGCCAAGAGCUCCACCGUGGUCAACCCCAUCAUCUACAUAUUCAUGAACAAACAGUUCUACAGGUUCUUCCGGGCCUUCCUGAGUUGCUCCGUGCCCCAGCGGGGUUCCAGCUACAAAACGUCGAGGUCCAUGCACACGGGUCGCCGUGGCAACAACAAAACCCGCCAGUUCUCGGGCCCGCCCCAGUCACUGGCUCCGCCCACUCACCCAUCCGACCAGGACACCUCCGAGAGAGCCAAUCACGUACCGGCAUUCAAGGUGGCAUCCCAGGGUUCCACGGGUACGGUUGCCAGGCCUAAGGUGAACCUGGUGGCAUACUACAGGGAGUAGAGCGAGGAGCUGACGAAACUGCUGGAAAAACAAUAGAGGGUUUCCUUGUUUUUUAAAAUCUCAGCGGGGAGCAUGUGCAACCAGGGAACAAUCUUUCAAUUAAAACAGGAGAGCGCCUUCACCAGGAACAGGAGGGGGCCCAGCGGGAGCGCGGUGUGUGCCUGAAGAUGAGAGGACAUUUUGGGAAGCGCUUGUUCUCCGCUGAUUAUGGGGGUAAUGGGAACACCCGGCGCAUUGGGUGUAAGGAAGAGGGCCCCCCUGUUGAGUGUAAAUGGGUCAAAAGCUCAUCAUCGCUAGCUCUCUGUGAAGCUAAUUAUUCAUUCCUUUUUCCCUAGAGAACAGCUCAUUGAAGAAACAUAUAAUUCCGUUUUCAUGACUUUGGGUAAGAAGGGGAGGGUAGCGCUUUAUGUGUGGGAAGAUCGUCUUGAAAUGUGUAGAUUUUUACUACACUGUUGGCCGCCCGUUUGAACUGUCACAUUCAGAAGUUACCAUUUCUUGAACUGCAUAGGAUUUUGAAAAAAUAUUUAAGGGAAAGAAAAUAGAUAGAGGUAGCAUCCGUGGGAUUAAAAAAUACAAAUCUAGUUUUUUUUAUUAAACAAAUUAGUUGACAUUAAUGAAGCACAUUUCACAGUGUAUAGCUUAGAGUAGAUGUUCUAACUAAUUGCUGUUAUUUUGGCCAUCAGAGGAAAAAUAAUUAACCGUUUUUUGGCAAGAGGAGCAACAUAUCCGGGUUCAUGAAUUAAAAAAAGUUUGGUGAACAAAAACAUAGCAUAUUGGAAUUAAACCCUUAACUGGGAUUUGAUACAUUUUUCAUGGAAUUAAUGUCGAAGACGCAAUGUGUGUCAACUCAAGAUCAUCAUCAAAGGGCCAAGAAUUACCAUGUUCAUUAGCUCGCUACUAGCAUGUUAGCAGCAGACCCAGAAAUAUGCACUGCAGCACUUUAAAACGCCUCAAAGGAACAGAUUGAGAGACGCAGGCCAAAUUGCAUUCGCUCCGCCUCAAUAAUGCAAUUACAAGAUGGAGGAGAAAUAUGGUACAAACAUCCCCAAAAUUAGGUCAAGCAUUCUCAUGCUGGAUGGAGUGUUGAGUUAUGGAACUGAAUAGUUCCCCCUGGAGGCACAGGGUCCUGAUUAACUGUUAAUUGUUGUAAUCAUGUAUUAAAUACCUCAAUUGAGGAUGGGAAACUGCUCAAUCAAGUAUUUUGUCAUGACUGUACUCUUUACGUUUCUGUUGUACUAUGUACUAUGUUUAAAUGAUCUGUGAUGACAGGUUUUUGACAGGAGGAAAGGAUUCACUACUGAUGUUUUCAUGCAUUGCUCCAAAUCUACUCUAACGAAUGAGAAAAUACAAAAUACAAACACCAAGAAUUAGAGCUGCAUGGAAAUGAACUGACAUGGUAAGUCUUGAAAAAACUUGAACAUUUUAGUUUUUUUUUUAAACCCUUCAAGUUCUUCUGUGUAAGCAUGUCAGCAAAACAAAAUACCAACAGUCCUACACAGAUCAGGCCCGACUUCCCUACAGCGGCCAUCUUGGUUCUGAAUGCUAGCUGCGGGUGGACCUGAUUGUAUAAUUCCACAUUCAUCUCCAUCACCCAGCUAGCGAUUGGAACCAACAUGGCCGCCGGGUGAAGAAGGCUCAUAAUGUACGGUUUUGUCGCAUUUUGUUAAAGGUUGUCGCUUCCUCUUUAACUCUGUGGUGGUCAUGCCGCUUUGUGUUGCUAUCAUAGAUGUACGUUUUCACUGCUUGUGUAACAUAAAUGACAUCA